AUGGGAGGUGAAGCUGAAGCUACGUCUCACGAGGAUGAGAACCUCAACUCUGUCAACCUCCGACAAGAGGCUGCUGACGAAACUGCUAAUACGGAAUUGUCAAACACUACUGGACCAUUAACGAACAUAUACAGCUGGAAAGACUCCAAAACGGUCGACAAGUCAAGUGGAGGGAGUGCUCUUCGCGAAUGA